AUGAUUGGGCAUGUCCAUGCUUUGGAUCAAGGACUUGAUGGUUGGCAGGAAGGUGCAUCUCUCGCCUUGCUGUCGGAGUGCUUUGUUUUGCCGUUAAAACAUGAUGCAUCCUCUAGUGACCUCUACUGGGUGCAGUACAAGGGACUGCCGCAAGCUGAUCAUCAGAGCAUUUCCUUCCCCUACCCAAACCAGCAAAAUGACCACAUCCAGCAGGCUUUGCAAAACCAAGGGCCUGAUAAUGGAAUGGAACCCCCCAAAAUUCUUCAUGUUGCAAGCAGUGAUGUCAGCACAUCUGAAAGUUUUAACAUCAUGGAUAUGAAGUUUGCCUUCCUUGAGCAGAAAAUAGAUAAGCUGUUGACUCUGCAAGACAAUGUCCUUAAGAAGCUUAACAGCGUUUCCCAAGAAAUCUGUUGCAUUGAAAAAGACAUUAAGAUUGUAAAGGCAGAAAGAUCUGAACCUGGACCAAGGAUGGAAAGAAACAAAAAUCUGAGAAGUAAUGAAAUGAAGAGGCUUUGCGUUAAAAUGCAAAAAUCUCUUUCUGAUAUAAACAGGAAUGCAGAGUGGCAGGUUAAAAGACUAGAUGGACUGGAACAAAGUGUUUCUGGACUACAGAAGCUUGUAGGGCCUCUGGUUGAGAAGGUUAAAACAUUAGUCAUUCAUAAUUCAAGUGUAAAGCACCAUGUUCAAAAACGUAAGCUUUGCAAGGCGGGUGAUUAUACAAAAGAAGCUGGACAUCUUUUUAGCAUGCAGAUUUUCUCGAAGAAAACAGCUGAUGCCCUGCUCAAGAAGAAAAGUGAAAAGGCCAUCAAAGAAAAGUCACAUUUGAAUGAGACGGGAACAAAAGAGAAGAAGCCACCAGAUUCAACAGAGGAACCCAUCCAGAAGAACCGGUCCUGCUCUCAGGAAGAAGAAGUUGAUAAGCUCAACAAGGAAAAUGCUGAGACAGAAAGCUCUGUUCUGCUUCAAAUGGAUCCUCCUAAAUUUCAUACUGAAGGGCCAGAGGACAAAGGAGAAAGCUUGGCUUUCGAAACCUAUUACAACUACAGGAGAAGCUCUGUUCAGAAAUCAUUCACUACAGAAAAGCAGCAAGAAGAUGCUGUUGACGAUGCUUGUCGAAGGAUAACUGGGCAGGAGAUAGAGAGUGAGUCCCCAGGAGAUGGGGAGAGGAAGGAGGAACAUCAAGUGUCUGGAGAUGAAAGACAAGAGGAGAGGGAGAAGGAAGGGGAGGGAAAUGCUGAUAAAAGCGAAAAGGAAGUUGAGGAACCACCAGCUCCUUCCCAAAAUGAAGAUGAGGCAGGACAAAGCCAUGAUCAAGAGGCACCAGAGGGAAGGUGUAAAGGCUGCGAAAAAGAUGAUAGUCCUACUCCACCAGCACCAUUUGAUCACCGGAUUGUCUCAGCCAAACGGGUGGGGAUCAGCAGUUAUUAUAAUGUCAGCAAGAAUGAAAUCCUGGGAGGAGGGCGAUUUGGUCAAGUGCACAAAUGUGAAGAGAAAGCAACAGGUCUCAAGCUAGCAGCCAAGAUUAUAAAAGCGAAAGGUCCUAAACAGAAGGAUGAAGUAAAGAAUGAAAUCAAUGUCAUGAACCAGCUGAAUCAUGUGAACCUUAUCCAGCUGUAUGAUGCCUUUGAAUCAAAAAAUGACAUUGUCCUAGUCAUGGAGUACGUGGAAGGAGGAGAGUUAUUUGACCGAAUUAUUGAUGAAAACUGCAAUUUGACAGAGAUGGAUACUAUCUUGUUCAUGAAGCAUAUCUGCGAGGGAAUUCAGUACAUGCACCAAAUGUACAUUCUUCAUUUGGAUCUCAAGCCUGAGAAUAUCCUGUGUGUGAACCGAGCAGCAAAUCAAAUAAAAAUUAUUGAUUUUGGAUUGGCAAGAAGGUAUAAACCCAGGGAAAAACUUCGAGUUAACUUUGGGACCCCAGAAUUUCUUGCUCCUGAAGUUGUGAAUUAUGAGUUUGUCUCCUUUCCUACAGAUAUGUGGAGCGUAGGAGUCAUUGCUUAUAUGCUCCUCAGUGGAUUGUCUCCUUUUUUGGGUGAUGAUGACAAUGAGACCCUCAACAAUAUCCUGUCCUGUAGCUGGGAUUUUGAAGAUGAGGAAUUUCGAGGUGUUUCUGAUCAGGCCAAAGAUUUCAUCUCAAAGCUUCUCAUCAAGGAAAAAUGCUGGAGAAUAAGUGCAACUGCUGCCUUAAAACACCCAUGGUUAUCAGACCACAAGCUCCACUGCAGACUUCAGAAGAAGGCUAAAGGUGACUGUGUGUCCCAAGCACCGCCAGCUCAAUAA